CCAAUCAUGGAAAGUCAGGACGGACAUGUCACAGGAAAAGUUUAGAACCGUUGGAGAUCGUGAGGAGAGUUUCGGAAACCCAUAUUUCACCUUUGUUCAUAUGGAAUCUCUAAGUGAAAAGUUGAAAUUACUAAACUACGAACAAGAUUUCUGCCGAACAAGAAGUCAGAAGCCGCUCUCAAAGCAUUAUUAUGCAAUACCCACAAACCCUGGAGAACAGUUCCACAAUUUCACUUCUUUAGCAUCCUGGCUGGUAGUCAAAGCGAAUGGAAAAAUUGACCCUCCCCAGGAGUAUGAUGAUCCAAAUGCUACCAUCGCAACGAUUUUGGAUGCAGUCCGUGAACUAGGACACAGUGUAGAGUUUCCUCCAUCUAAACUAAGAAUUGGUUGUGGUGAAUAUUGCAUCGAAGUACUACGCGUGCUUGCUGAAUCAGCAUUACAUGUUCAAGGUCACCGAUUUCAGUCACCAAAGUAUCCUGAAGAGGAUGAAGACGAACUUGAUAUUGAUGAUGUCGAUGUCUCAAAUGGUGAUGGUGACAUAGCUGAGUGGCAAGGGCAGACUAAUGGAGGACGGUGUGUCGGAAAUCUUCUGGUUGCUGUUGAUGGCGAUAGAUCGCCAUUGGAUGGUGGUUAUGCCGAAGAGGAAGAGGAUGAUGAAGUUCCCGAUCUUGAAGCGUUGAAAAACCGGACACGUUUCCAACGGACCACUUCCGCUCAUGACGUGCGGAAACAAAGUCCAAAGUUAGACGACAGAUCAUUGCUAUCACAGUCAACGACAGUUUCUGAUGACGGUAUAAUAGCUUGCAUGCAAGGAGUAGUCGAGUCGAAAACCGACCCAACCGACUGGCAGUUAGAGGUCGAACGUGUGCUUCCCCAAUUGCGGGUCACCAUCCGAUCAGACGCGAAAGACUGGCGCUCGCAUUUGGAAGAAAUGCGUCGAUAUCAAUCGGAAAUCGAAGCUGCAUAUACAGAUGUGAAGACACACCUAGCACGACUUUGUGAAGACCUAAGCAGAGCACUUGAAAAAAUCUACAGUCGGGAAAAGUAUAUGAACAGUCAGAUUGAACCACUUCUUGCUCAGUAUAAAUCCAUACAGAGCAAGCUAUCGGAAAUUUCGCUGAAGUACCGGAUGGCCAGUGGUGGAAUUACCGAACGAAGUCGCAUGCUAGCAGAACUAAGUGAGGAAUUAGAGCGGGUGAAAAACGAAAUGGACGAGAGGGGUUCAAACAUGACCGAUGGGUCCCCGGUGGUCCGAAUAAAACAGGCAAUACAGAGAUUAAAAGCAGAGAUGCUUGGAAUGGACAUACGCACAGGUGUAUUGGAGCACAUUCUGCUGCGCACCCACCUACGAGUGAGAGAGGAUAGUCAAAAGUCCCUAUUUUCAAAAGAUGGUGCCUCGGUUGUGGCAGAAACUGCAGCGUUUGUAUACUAGACGGUAUCAAUAUCCUUGAAGUAAUCUUUCAGCUGAAAAGCCCCAAUUAAGUGGCGUCGAUUUGUGACCAUUUAAUUGUCCACUAACUUCUCCCCAUCAAGAUACAACACAUCUCAUAACUUACCCCGAAACAUUGCUGAGAAACUGAAUUACACAUAAAAGGUGUUUGUAAAGAAUACCAGUAUCUUCUCCUAGUGACGCUACUGAAGGACAAUUUC